AGGAGGGAUGAGGGAGCUGCGCUCCUUGAGGGAAGCGUCGCCAUAAUACCCACCGGGGCUGGAGUGGUCUUCCAGCAUGGGGAGCCGCCAGCACCCCGAUCCUGUGGGACACGGGCUGCGCCGGGCCCUGGUUGAGCGUCCCCGAAAGAAGCAGCGGCCGCCCCUCCCUCACCAAGGGGAGCUUUUCUAGGAACAGGGUUUCCCCUAAAACCGUGCAGUGCUUGGUAGGACAUCAAACACCACGGCUGGUCCUGUGUCUGUCCACACAGAGGGGCUGACAUGCAACUGUUCAGGUGACCAGUUUAUUCCUCCUUUCUGAAACACUGCAAGAAGAGUACACCCAAGAGGCUUCCCUCCAUCAUCAAGAUGGAAACAGACUCUGGAUAUUCCUCCACAGCUGAGCUGCAGAAGCAGGGAAAGAAGCUCUCAGAUGCCUUGAGGAUCAGUGCCUAUGUCUUCAGUACAGGCCUGCUCACAUACACUGCCCUGGUGAACACUUCUUCUUGGUUUAUGCAGAAAAUAACUUUAGGCAAUUUCUGGCAAACAGCAUGGUUGGAGUUCUACGACCAUAUGGAAGGAGAUGAGUGGACAAUCUUCCUCGUUGGGGCUGCAUUGGUGCCUGCACUUGCUUUCUGGGGCUUCAAUGGAAUCCUUCUGGUGGCUGAUAUAACAGGAAAGCCAACUUUCAUUACUCGCUAUCGCAUUCAGCUGGGCAAGAAUGAUCCUGUGGACAGAAAGAAACUGUGGAAAGCCAUCUACACAGCGCUGGGUAAUCAGUUCUUUGUCUCCUUUCCCAUGCUUGUGCCCAUGUUCUACAUCAUGAAAUGGUGGGAAAACACCUUCAGCAAGGAAUUACCAACCUUCCAAUGGUUUCUUGUGGAGCUAAGCAUUUUUACUGUAGUUGAGGAAAUUCUCUUCUAUUAUACACACAGGCUGGUUCACCACCCAGUGCUGUAUAAGCACAUUCACAAGAAGCACCACGAGUGGACAGCCCCCAUUGGCGUGGUCUCCAUUUAUGCUCACCCAAUAGAGCACAUAGUGUCCAACACUCUGCCUGUCAUGAUGGGCCCGAUGAUCAUGGGAUCUCAUAUUGUUUCAGUCUCAGCAUGGUUCUCCAUUGCUCUUGUAACAACAAGCAUUUCUCACUGUGGCUACCACCUGCCCCUCCUGCCAUCUCCAGAGUUCCACGACUUCCACCACCUCAAGUUCAACCAGUGCUACGGCGUGCUGGGAGUGCUGGAUUUUCUGCAUGGCACGGACAAAAUGUUCAGACAGACCAAAGCCUUUGAGAGACACAAGGUCCUGCUCAGCCUCACACCACUCUCUGAAAGCAUCCCAGAGCCACCCAAGAAAGAGGAGUGAACCAGCCCAGCCACUCUUGGCCAGCCUGGUGAUGAGCAGAGUGAGAGACAAUGAUUUAUGCCAAAUAGUAUUUAAAUCAGGAAACAAAUUCUUGUCCGCAUAUAACAGAUCAUGAAGCUGAAGUUAAAUAUGCUGCUUUGAAACGACUGCACUUUUGUUGCCAUUGUUUUCUAUAUAAGACACUUAUAAAAAAAAACCUGCUCUAGAAAUUUAUUUUUAAAAUUUAAUGGUUUAUCUGUUACUUGCACUGGCUCUUAGAUCCACCUGCCUGUUUAUGAGCCAGGUGUCUUCUGGGCCACAUGGGCUCAGGGUUCUCAUUAUUAAGGUUUUAGCAUCAGACUCCACAUGUGAUGAUUUGGCCUCUCUUGUUGGCACUCUCUCUAUAGAAACAUUCCAAGUCACUCCAUCUAUUUGUGAUACAAUUAACACAAGCUUUUGUGACUCAGAGCACCUGGGACACAGGACACAACCCCGUGGACAAUCACUGGGGCCACAGCUUUAGAAACACUCCGCUGCACAUGCAGCAAGGGCCUGACUUGCUCUGAGCAGUUGUUAUGCACAGAUGAGGACAGGGCUGAACUGGGGCUGCCACAGCCUCAUCACUGCUCCACAGACAGCUGCACACAAAGGGAGUUUCCCUUGUGGGACAUGGAAGGAGAGCUGGAAGCUGAUGUGGUUCAUGGCAUCACCUCCUCCUGCUGAGCCUCCCCUCACUCUGAGACACAACCAAAAUUCUGAUAAAUUCCAGAGAUUUUCCACGGAAAGCAGAGUCCCUGCUGUCCUGAGCUGUGUGGAGAUUAAGGAACCCCUCUAAGAAAGGGCCCAAGAAAGCAGGCCCCAGAACAAUAUGCACAUUCCCAAGUACCCACAGCCCAUCCAAGACAUACUGUGAAUUCUCUCAAGGAUUUCCUAAGACUCAGUCCUGCCUGGGAAGCCUGGAACAAAGACAUCACAUUGCUCCCCAGUGCUGGAGCAGCCCCUCCAGGAACAGGCACACAGAGUUGACCCAGGCAUACAUUGGUCAGCCCAUUGGCCCACAGCCCUACCUGUGGAACCAAAGCCACUUCCCCUGCUCCUCUCUACAACUGCACCAGGAUGAACCCAGCCCAGUUACCUGGCCACAGCUCCCUGGGAGGGCAAGUCAGCAGGACAGAAAACCCAGGCACCACUGUCUUUUGAACUUUUUAUUUUUAUACAUUUUUUUUGUAUUAAAAAGGAAAAAGCAUAAUUACCACAAAUUACAAAGGACUAAAGCAUUACUAGAAUAAUGAAUCACAUCAGCCUAGAAAGCAGAUACUCUGAAUAAUAUUAAUGUUAUAAUACAAGCUCUCAUUCAAGUAUUUUACAUUUUUCUCUUUUCCUUUUAUACGUGAUGAUGAUCCUAGCACAUGGGUCAAAGAUUAUGUACUAUCGACAGAGAUGGAUCAUGUACAGCAGGCCGUAUUAACAAGAUUUUCCUCCCAGGUGAUACAUGGUCUGUGAUGAGUCUUUUUAAGUUUGUCUCUACUAUAAAUGCAGCUGAAGAAGGUUGCACACACUCUCUAGUUUUGGGAAACAGAAGGCUAAGGUUGGACACAUAGGGUUUGAGAAGGGCCAGCACGUGGAACCAUCACCCCUUUAGCUCCAGGCGAGCGAGCAGAGGGCUGCACUCGCUGGGAUGCAGCUCAGUGGGUGUCUCUGAGCCACAGAUGCAAAGGUUUCCAAGCCCAGUGGGACCAGGACAGGCUGGGGGGGAAGACGGGGAGCAGGGCUGCACCAGGGAGGCCUGAGGGACCAAGUGGUGCCAAGCACCCCCUCCCACAAGGGCCACCACUGGCACAAGCCACCCUGGCGCAGGGCUGACCCUGGGGAGAGCAGGAGGACAGUGUGGGGAGCUGGAAGGAGGCCAGCACACUCCACAGGGGCCAGCUGGCACCCAGGGUACCUCCUGCUCCUCUGGAGCUUCCCACCAAGGGGAUGUGCUUGUCACAGAUACAUCGGUCCUAUGUUCAAGUGUCUGCAGAAAGUGAAACUGUAAACUACUCCUGGAAAUGCUGCCCUCCAGCCAGCCCCUCCACACCACCGAGAUGAACGUUUGCUUAGAAAAAGAAAAAUGAAAAACUCUUUUAUCUGUUACCUGUAUUGGAAUCUUUAAAAAAGAGUCAGUGAGGCAUUUAACAUCAAGUGUAACAAUCUUCUCAGAAAGAGCCCAGCAUCCAUUUCAAACAGUGACAAGUGACAUAACCAGCCUCAGAGACAGGAGACAAUAAGCAUUGCAAACACAGCUUGCUACAUUUACAGUUUUCCUUUUUUUUUUUUUCCUUUUGAUAAAAUAACUGGGAAGGCAUGAACAGCUAGAAGGCCCCCUCUCCACUGCCAUGUGGAACGUGGCAGGACACUGAGGUUAAACACAUCAGUUUGUUACAGUACAGCAAUCAGUCCCCAUCAGGUGUCAAAACUCAGGGACCCCACGGGCUACAGUGAGAAGGCGCCAUCAGAGGUGCCGGGGGGCAGCAGAAGAGAUGGACAGGCAAAACCAGAGCAGCAGCAUCAUUACUUUUUAAUUUUUUUUUUCCCCAAAUGAGCAUGGCAAAGCAAAAAAGCCUCCUCAAAACCACACCUUCCACCUCCACUCUGACCCCACACCACAGCUCUGUACCUGUUGCAGCCACAUUCAGACAAGUUAACCUUGGCAAGGAGGAACUCCUGAGAAGAGGGGCAAGAUGAGGAAGGCUCCCCUGACUUGGCCUCCCUCAGCCUUUCCAGAAGCAGCUGGGGCUCCCCCCAGGCUCCUCCAGUGGCUGGACACCAGCACCAUGCAGCUCUUGUGAGCUGUGGGACAAUCAGCACUCACAGACGCACAUGUGCAACCCCUCAGUCCUCUAAAAUUCAAAAAAGCACAACACAUGGUGGAGGUGAGGCAUUCAAACUAAGAACAAGGCCUAACUCCCUCCUCUGCAGAGGGGCAAGAGCUUCCUCAAACGCAAACCCCCUCUGGACAGCUGUCCCUUUACCCAGUGGGGACAUAAGCCUUGCUGUGGCCACUUGUGACCCAGCUGGGCACAGACCUGGCACCUGGGGAGCUCCCAGCCCUCUGCCAGCCCCCACCCUGGCACGGGGCAGGAGGGAACAGUUCUGUGCUCCCUUCCCUGCAGGAACACAGGGGUGAGCCAGCAGCAGCUGCCUUGGGCUGUCACAUCCAUCUUUGCUCUGUCCUGCCACUGCUGUCCCACGGACAGCAAAACAAGGCACAUGGUCCACAAACCUGGAGGGCACUGGGACCACUGGGAUUGCUCUUCUGACCCACCUUCCCCUGGGUGCACAUACCAGUGUGACAAACCACUGACUUGGCAGAGGGGGAAGGGAAAACACUUCCAUGCCAAGACUAGAUCCUCAGAAUCAGAAAUUUAAAAUUAUUUAAAAUCAGUAUUUUGGGAAAUUCUCUGGGAAAUGUCCUAUCUCUUCUACAACCCAAGCAAUUCCAGUCUGCUCUACAAGCAACAACUCCAUAGCAGCAGCUCAUCCCUCCCCAUUUCCUAUGAAUUUGUUGCUGAAACGCAGACAAUUGGCUUCAAGGGAGCCACGCACACAAGCCAACAAAAGGAGCACAGACACAGCAGCAAGGAUCACCUGUGGCACAUCCAGACCUGCCUCCACUUGCAAACAACCAGCAACACAUCUACAAUGUCCUUGAUCGACUCUCCAGCCUCCUCCCCAAAUCUGGGACAAACCCACCUAUAAAUGUAACCUCAGAGAUCUGACUCCAGCUCACAAGAGGGGAAAUGCAGAGAUAACAGUCACGGCCACAGCACUGUACAAAUGUUACUUUUGCCCAUCUUGCCUAGUUCCCUCCCCACAACCCCAGAGCACUGCUGCCAUAACGGAUGGGCUCGCCUGCUGCAGUCAGGCCUGUGAGUGGCACCAGCUGCAGGGUGACAUGGCAGGGCUGGACGGACCAGGGCAGGAUCACACCACCAGGAAAUGGCCAAGUAGCAGCUCCCCAGCCUCUCAAACCCAGCUGUGCUUUCCAUUCUAGCAGCAGUUCAUGAAGCCACUCCAUUCAGACCAGCCCACCUGCCCCCAGGAAGGAGCAUCCUGGAGGCAGUGUCAGUUUGGGAAGGGAUGGCCUCAGCCAGGGCCCCACAAGCACCCAAAGCCACUGCUGAUGGACAGCCUGGCCGUGCUUCCCCUCUGGUUCCUGCUCUCACCCAUCCACCCUGCAGCUGCACAGGGACAGCCCUGGAGAGAUGAUUGCUCCCAGCUAUGAGACAGCUCUGGAUCAACUGGAUCCCUUGGGAAAACUGUUCAGUACCAGCUUGUGACUUGGGAGAAAGGGCAACACAACGAGCUGCACCCUUGGAGUGGUGCAUCCACACUGCACACAGGAGAACAGCUCUGGAGCACACGGGGAUGGAGCCUGAGCCACAGCAAAGCCUGGUAUCCCAGGGACCCAGCAGAAGGAGCAGGGUGGCAGCAAGGCAAGUGGAUCUGGCUGGAAAGAACACAACUUUUCCAGUGCUAGCUCUGGAGAUGCUCCAGAGGUAGCACUGGACAGCUCCAAGAUCUCGCACCUGACACGCCCCUCACAGCCAGGAUCCACCUGGUGCUGGGUGUAAGGAUCAAUCAAGUAAAUGCCACAGCAGCUCUGCAGUCACCCGCUGCCUCAGCUGAGUAAGGAGCUACAUGGUGUCAUCUCAGCCCUUGGAAAUGCACAGGGGCUGUGCCCUGAGUGGGAGACUCCAUGCAGGCGCCUG